AUGGAGAAGUAUCGAUAUAACGAGAAGUAUCGAUAUAUCGAAAAGUAUCAAUAUAUCGAAAAUAUCGGUAUAUCGAAAAGUAUCGAUAUAUCGAAAAGUACCGAUAUAUCGAUAAGUACCGAUAUAUCGAAAAGUACCGAAAAGAUAUCGAAAAGUAUCGAAAAGAUAUCGAAAAGUAGCGAUAUAAUAUCGAAAAGUAUCGAAAAGAUAUCGAAAAGUAUCGAAAAGAUAUCGAAAAGUAUCGAAAAGUAUCGAAAAGAUAUCGAUAAGUAUCGAAAAGAUAUCGAUAAGUAUGGAAAAGAUAUCGAUAAAUAUCGAAAAGAUAUAGAUAAGUUUCGAAAAGAUAUCGAAAAGUAUCGAAAAGACAUCGAAAAGUAUCGAAAAGUUAUCGAAAAGUAUCGAAAAGAUAUCGAAAAGUAUCGAAAAGUUAUCGAAAAGUAUCGAAAAGAUAUCGAAAAGUAUCGAAAAGAUAUCGAAAAGUAUCGAAAAGAUAUCGAAAAGUAUCGAAAAGAUAUCGAAAAGUAUCUAUAUAUAUCGAAAAUAUCGAUAUAUAAGUACCGAAAAGAUAUCGAAAAGUACCGAAAAGAUAUCGAAAAGUACCGAAAAGAUAUCGAAAAGUAUCGAAAAGAUAUCGAAAAGUAUCGAAAAGAUAUCAAAAAGUAUCGAUAUAUCGAUAAGUAUCGAAAAGAUAUCGAAAAAAAAGAUAUCGAAAAGUACCGAAAAGAUAUCGAUAAGUACCGGAAUGAUAUCGAAAAGUACCGAAAAGAUAUCGAAAAGUACCGAAAAGAUAUCGAAAAGUACCGAAAAGAUAUCGAAAAGUACCGAAAAGAUAUCGAAAAGUACCGAAAAGAUAUCGAAAAGUACCGAAAAGAUUUCGAAAAGUACCGAAAAGAUAUCGAAAAGUACCGAAAAGAUAUCGAAAAGUACCGAAAAGAUAUCGAAAAUUACCGUAAAGAUAUCGAAAAGUACCGAAAAGAUAUCGAAAAGUACCGAAAAGAUAUCGAAAAGUACCAAAAAGAUAUCGACAAGUACCGAAAAGAUAUCGACAAGUACCGAAAAGAUAUCGACAAGUACCGAGAAGAUAUCGAAAAGUACCGAAAAGAUAUCGAAAAGUAUCGAAAAGAUAUCGAAAAAUAUCGAAAAGUAUCGAAAAGAUAUCGAAAAGUAUCGAAAAGAUAUCGAAAAGUAUCGAAAAGAUAUCGAAAAUAUCGAAAAGAUAUCGAUAAGAUUCGAAAAGAUAUCGAUAAGUAUCGAAAAGAUAUCGAUAAGUAUCGAAAAGAUAUCGAUAAGUAUCGAAAAGAUAUAGAUAAGUUUCAAAAAGAUAUCGAAAAGUAUCGAAAAGACAUCGAAAAGUAUCGAAAAGUUAUCGAAAAGUAUCGAAAAGAUAUCGAAAAGUAUCGAAAAGUUAUCGAAAAGUAUCGAAAAGAUAUCGAAAAGUAUCGAAAAGAUAUCGAAAAGUACCGAAAAGAUAUCGAAAAGUAUCGAAAAGAUAUCGAAAAGUAUCGAAAAGAUAUCGAAAAAUAUCGAAAAGUUAUCGAAAAGUAUCGAAAAGAUAUCGAAAAGUAUCGAAAAGUUAUCGAAAAGUAUCGAAAAGAUAUCGAAAAGUAUCGAAAAGAUAUCGAAAAGAUAUCGAAAAAUAUCGAUAAGUACCGAAAAGAUAUCGAUAAGUACCGAAAAGAUAUCGAAAAGUACCGAAAAGAUAUCGAAAAGUAUCGAAAAGAUAUCAAAAAGUAUCGAAAAGAUAUCGAAAAGUAUCGAAAAGAUAUCGAAAAGUAUCGAAAUGAUAUCGAAAAGUAUCGAAAAGAUAUCGAAAAAUAUCGAAAAGUGCCGAAAAGAUAUCCAAAAGUACCGAAAAGAGAUCGAAAAGUACCGAAAAGAUAUCGAAAAGUAUCGAAAAGACAUCGAAAAGUAUCGAAAAGAUAUCGAAAAGAUAUCGAAAAGUAUCGAAAAGAUAUCGAAAAGUAUCUAUAUAUAUCGAAAAGUAUCUAUAUAUAUCGAAAAGUAUCUAUAUAUAAUGAAAAGUAUCGAUAUAUAAUUAAAAUAUCGAUAUAUAAGUACCGAAAAGAUAUCGAAAAGUACCGAAAAGAUAUCGAAAAGUACCGAAAAGAUAUCGAAAAGAACCGGAAAGAUAUAGAAAAGUACCGAAAAGAUAUCGAAAAGUACCGAAAAGAUAUCGAAAAGUACCGAAAAGAUAUCGAAAAGUACCGAAAAGAUUUCGAAAAGUACCGAAAAGAUUUCGAAAAGUACCGAAAAGAUAUCGAAAAGUACCGAAAAGUUAUCGAAAAGUACCGAAAAGAUAUCGAAAAGUAUCAUAAAGAUCGAAAAUAUCGAUAUAUCGAUAAGUAUAGAAAAGGUAUCGAAAAGUACCGAAAUGAUAUCGAAAAGUACCGGAAAGAUAUCGAAAAGUACCGAAAAGAUAUCGAAAAGUACCGAAAAGAUAUCGAAAAGUACCGAAAAGAUAUCGAAAAGUAUCGAAAAGAUGGUUAUCACAUUUAG